CAAUGUAAUCAAAUUGGAAGGUUUGGUUACUUCAAGAAUGUCAUGUAGUUUAUACCUGGUAUUUGAGUACAUGGAGCAUGAUUUGGCUGGGCUUGCUGCAAGUCCAGAGAUCAAGUUUACAGAAGCACAGGUUAAAUGCUACAUGCAUCAGCUAUUAUCUGGCCUUGAGCAUUGUCACAAUCGUCAUGUGCUUCAUCGUGAUAUUAAGGGGUCAAAUCUUCUUCUUGACAAUUCUGGCAUUCUCAGAAUUGCUGAUUUUGGAUUGGCCACUAUUUUUGAUCCUCGGCAUAAGCAUCCUAUGACUAGUCGAGUGGUUACUUUGUGGUAUAGACCACCAGAGCUGCUUCUAGGUGCUACUGAUUAUAGUGUAGGCAUUGAUUUAUGGAGUGCAGGUUGCAUCUUAGCUGAGUUAUUGGCUGGAAAACCUAUUAUGCCGGGUCGAACUGAGGUAGAACAACUGCAUAAGAUAUAUAAACUAUGUGGCUCGCCAUCAGAGGAGUACUGGAAGAAGUCUAAGUUGCCGAAUGCAACACUAUUCAAGCCCCGAGAACCCUACAAACGAUGCAUUAGGGAGACUUUUAAAGAUUUUCCUCAGUCUUCACUUCCGCUAAUUGAUACAUUACUUGCAAUUGAUCCAGCUGAGCGCAAGACGGCAACUGACGCAUUACAAAGUGAAUUCUUCAAUACAGAGCCAUAUGCUUGUGAUCCAUCUAGUCUUCCAAAGUAUCCUCCGACCAAAGAAAUGGAUGCCAAACGGCGGGAUGAUGAAGCUAGACGGCUAAGAGCUGCUAACAAAGCUCAGGGAGAUGGUACUAAGAGAGUACGCCAUCGUGAACGGGCCCGUGCUGGCCCUGCUCCAGAUGCCAAUGCUGAACUUCAAGCUAAUAUUGAUCGGCGGCGCCUAAUCACACAUGCAAAUGCAAAGAGCAAGAGUGAGAAGUUUCCCCCACCACACCAGGAUGGAGGACUUGGUGUUCCAUUGGGUGCUUCACAUCACAUUGAUCCUGGCCUUGUCCCUCCUGAUGUGCCAUUCAGUUCGACCUCAUUCACAUAUUCAAAAGAACCUGUACAGAAUUGGUCGGGGCCUUUAGUAGAGCCUGCUUCAGCUGGUGGAAGGCGGAAGAAGCAUACUGCAGGUGAUGCUAGGGAAGCCAAAAAGCAUUUGACAAGGAAAAGAUGAGAAGCAACAGCAUUUUCUGUAGCAGCAGAUCGGGCUUCAGACGAGUGUUUCUAUGGCCUAUUCUGGAGAUAACAAAAGUGGGGCUUGGCCAUGGCAACACUUUGAAGCAUUUUGUGAUUAUGCACCUUCCAGGGAAGGGUUUAUAGCAUGUCCAGAGCUGAAACAUUGUUUUCCUUUCCAUUUUCCAAAUAUAGAAGGAUCUUUCUAGUUUUUGACUGCUCCAUUUGUUGUGGUGGCGAGAAGCUCCCCAGUUACAUGUAUAUUAGUAUUUCCAGAGUUAAUUCUUUGUGAUGGGAUGUUUGACUUUUGCAGUUAGUGGAAAAUUUUACUAUCUGACCGCAGUCCAGUUGCAUGUCUA